AUGCCCGCACUCUCUCCGACCAUGACCGAGGGCAAUAUCGCGACGUGGAAGGUGAAGGAAGGCGAUUCUUUCGUCGCCGGAGAUGUGCUCCUUGAGAUCGAGACGGAUAAGGCACAGAUGGACGUGGAGGCUCAGGAUGACGGUGUGCUGGCAAAGAUUUUGCAAGGCGAUGGUUCAAAAGCAGUUCAAGUCGGCACGCGGAUAGCAGUCACUGCGGAACCAGGCGAUGACCUCAGCACUCUCGAAAUCCCCGCAGACAACAGCAAGCCCUCCCAGCCCGAGGCUUCCAAGGAGGCUUCCAAGUCAGAGUCCGCGCCCGCGCCCAAGAAGGACACUCCUGCCUCAUCGUCUAAGCCUGCCUCUUCAGGCGCUUCCAAAAGCCCGGCUGGAAAAGCCCAGAAGCAGACCUACCCACUCUACCCUUCGGUGCAACACCUGUUGAAGCAGAAUGGAUUGCCCAAGGAGGAGGCCGACAAGAUUCCCGCGACGGGUCCUAAUGGAAGGCUACUGAAAGGCGACGUGCUUGCCUACCUGGGAAAGAUCAACGAGUCCGCUGGAUCGGAGGUUGCUGCACGCUUGAAGCAACUCUCACACCUGGAUCUAUCCAAUAUCAAGCCCAUGGCACAGAAGCCCAAGCCGGCUCCCGAGAAAGCGGCAGCGAUUCCUGAAGAAGUUCUCGAAGAACUGGAUAUCGAGGUCGCGCUGCCCAUCUCUCUCAAGGCAGUCACCGAGGUUCAACAGCGUGUACAAAAGUCUAUCGGCGUAUUCCUGCCCCUCUCGACCUUCAUCGCCCGCGCCGCAGAGCUCGCAAACGAGGACCUUCCUCGGUCCCAAGUAGCCAAGCCCUCUGCUGACGAGCUUUUCAAUGCGGUGCUUGGUCUCGACAAAGUAGGUGGAAAGUACUCUCGCGGCGACUUCGUGCCUCAGGUCACGGCACUACCUCCCACCACUUUGAGCCCUAGGAUACCAGCUAGGAAGCCAGAUGUCCUGGACUUCCUCGCCGGAAAGAAGGCAGCCGCACCGAAGGCGCCUGUCGGUGGAGCGGCGCAGGUGGUCGGUCCGUUGAAUGUGUUCAGCGUAAGUGUACCGAAGGGCGACGAGCGAAGAGGACGCGUCUUCCUGGAGCGCGUCAAGAGCGUUCUGGAAGCCGAGCCUGGACGAUUGGUUGUCUAA